UUGAGAAAUGUCUAUUCAAGUCCUUUGCCCAUUUUUGAAUUGUGUUGAGUUUUUUGUUGUCAUUUUUGAGUUGCCUUAUCCUUGCUUUUUGAGUCUUAGAGUCUAAAGUAUUUAUAUCUCGUUUGCAUCCUGGUGUGUUUUUAUGCAUGUGUGGUAAAUUAUGCCUUUCUAUGCUUGAAUGGCCCAGUUAUGGGACUGUCCGUGGUCUGUCCCUCAGGUGGCUCAUUGGCAGCUAAUCAUCCUUGUGCCUGGAGGUAGCAGGCUACCACCUAUGCCUCCAGCAGCAGAUAUCCUUCACCCCUAUCUCCCUUUGCCCCUGUGCUGAGUUGUGGGGUGAACAGCAAAAACAGAGGAUGGGCUAUCCCUCUCCAGGAAGGAAACUGGGAGCUAAGUGUCCAGGGCACCCAUUACAGGGGCUCUUGCACAGCCUCCCUCUUGUCUCCAUCCCUCUACUUCUCAUCCCAGCCUUAUUAUCACCCUCACUAAAAAGCCAUAAAAGACUUUUAAGACCACUGUGGUCUGGAAUAGCAAAGUGUUUAAGGGGGAUUUGCGAAACUACAGGCAGGUUCAUCCAGCUACUCAUGGAAAGCACAGAUGAGUGUGGAACAGUGAGGGACCACAUGAAUGUGCAUGCACACACUCACAUGCUGGUACACAGGAGGUAUGGUGUCUAAAAAUACUCAGUCACUGUGAUUCCUCUUAUUUGCUCAGUCACCUGGAUUCUUCUUAUUUUCUUUUGUAAUGGAAGCACUUCCUUGCCUGUGUAAAGCUAAACUCCCAUCUGUGUUCCAAAUUCAGUUUUCUUUCUGUCUCUUCAGACAGCUGUGUCCAUCGCUUGUCUCCUCUAACUCUUCUCAUUUGUGUAUCUUCAACCUCUCCCUCUCAGCUAGCUCUAAGGGUCAGCAAAUAACCAUGCUCUAUUCUUUUCCAUCUUCAAAGAAAUUGCCUACGCCCUCCCUCAAUCCCCACCUCUCCUUUCAGCUAGUGCCCUAUCAUUUUUUAUUCCCUUUUCAGGGCCAAAUUUCUUAAGAAAAGACUCCAUUGUCUACUGCCCUCACACAGCAUCCUCAGCCCAUUGUGAUUUGACCUUACCUCUUCAUGCUAUUGAUAGCACUCCCACAAGGUUAUCUAGCUGUGGCUAAUCCCACCGAGUAGUCUCAAUCUUGCUUGAAUUCUCUGUAGCAUUCAGAUUUUAGUCAACCACUCAUCACCUCUCAGCAUGUCUAGUGCCACACACUCCCACCACUCUGUCUGCUUCUCUUCUGUCUACCAAUCCCUUAAAUAUUUUUGGUCCACAAGGCUCUGUUUUCCUCACCACCUGGACAGUCCAACCUACUUCCAUAGAUUAUAUUAACAUGCACAGGUUCACUAUUCCCAACUCGCUAUCUCCGUGUAGAUUGUCUUGAGCUCCAGGCAUGAACAGCUUGGACACCUAUCUGUUGGACAGCUCUACCAGGAUAAUUUACACACACCUCAAACUCACUGUGUGCCAAACUGCACAGCUUUUCUUCCUCACCAAACCUGCUCCUCCACCAGUCUUCCCAACCAAAUAGUAGGCCAGGUUGCCUAAGCUAGAAUCCUAGGCAUGGUCCUCAACACUGCUGUCUUUAAUUCUUGAGAUCGUAUCCAGUAAAUCUCAAGUCUUGUGAACUCUAUUCCCUGUUAUUUGAAAAAUAAUAAAUUUGGUUAGAUAAUGCAUCAAAUGGUGAAAAUUCAAAGAGCACACAAGAUACACAGGGAAAAAAUGCUUUCCUACCUCUGUCCUAGCCCUGGAGGUAUUCUCCUCAGAGACAUUCAUGAAUAAAAAUUCGUUCUUCUCCUUCCAAAAAUACUCUAAGCAUAUCCAAGCAUAUUUAUGUAUAUACGCUUCUAACAACACAUAGAAGAGUAUAGGAUAUUAGAAAAAUAAUUCUUGCUUUUUUCAUUUAGCAUAUUUUGAAGACAAUUCCAUACCAAUAUAACGUAAAAAAAAACUUUCACUAUUCACUACCUCUGGUUCUCCGAGUCCUACUACCGUUAUUCUAAAAUGGGCCACCAUCAUCUCCCGCCUGCAUUACAGGAGUAGGUUCGUUAACUGCUCUCCUUGCAUGAAGCCUUGGACUUCUGCAGUCCACACUUGACACUACAGCCAAGCUGAUCGUGUAAGAUGCAACUCCUGCCUCAAACUGUGAUCUUCUGGAAAUUCUUCCUUGAAGCGACUCCCGGCAACCCCUCCAGGCUCCUCAUACCUCACACCUCUUGCACUCUAGUUCACCUAGCUGAAUUAUUAUGAGUUCCUGGAUGGUGCUAUAUUCUCCUUCUUCUUGGCCUUCACAACUUCUGGGCCUUUCCACCUCUCUGCACCCACUCUCCCUUCCAUCUUUGUAACUUCUAUUUAUCCUGCUGUUCUCAGCCUAACAGGAUAAUACAUUGGCUGCGUGUUUGUGUGUGUGUUUGAGGGAGGUCCCUGACUCACAGGCUAUGUUAGAGUCCACCUGUUUUGUGUUUCCAGGCCAUCUAUAGUUUCUUUUUUAUUAUACAUCCUGCACUCUAUUGUACUUAUUUGUUUAAUAAGUUAAUGUCUGCCUUCAUCAGUAGACUGUAGUUACACAGAUUCAAAGAUAGUGCCCACUUAUUCAUCAUUGUGUUCUCAGUGCCUGGCAUAAUUCCUGGGACAAUGUAGUGUGUAACAAAUAGUCACUAACUGAAUCUACGAAUGAUUCACCUGUUUUUAUUCUAAGUUCUCCUACUGGCCAUACUCCAGUUAUUUUUACUUGUCAAAUAUGUGUGGAAUUUUUCCACCUAUAUAAUGUGUGCGGAAACACUUUGAAAAGAAUAAACACCAAUGCAAAUGUAAGUGAUUAUAGGGAAAUUUUCUCAGCUUAAAUAUACUUCUGUGUGUGUGAGAAAGACACAGAGAGACAGAGAGACAAGGAGAGAAGAAAGAAGGAGGAGGAUAAGGAAGAGGAGAUGUGGAAUAUUAUGAAGAAGGGGAAAAGAGGGGAAGAACUCCAUCAGCAAGGCUCUGGGACAGAGCCUCCUGAACCAUCUGGGAUGUGGUGUCGUCUGAAAGAAGCAAUCUACAAGAUUCUACGGCUGCCCUCUGGAGCCCAAGUGGGAAAGGAGAAGAAGCACACACAGAUGUUGCUGUACCCUGCGGCAGAUGGGAAGCCAGCCUCAUGGCACAUUUGGCAUAUUGGGAAAGCUAUUUGGGGGCUGCACACAUUUCACCAGCUUCACUCCUGGUUGAUUUCAGAGCCUGAACGAAAUGACACUAGGGCCAGGAUCUGGGAGUACCCUCUCCUUCUAGCUGCCAAAGAGAAUGAUGUAAAGGCUCUCAACAAGCUGCUCAAGAAUGGGGCCUGUGAGGUGCUCCAGAGAGGAGCCAUGGGGGAGACAGCACUGCACAUAGCUGCUCUCUCUGACAACUUGGAGGCGGCCUUGGUGCUGAUGGAGGCUGCCCCGGAACUUGUCUUUGAGCCCAUGACAUCUGAGCUCUUUGAGGGUCAAACUGCAUUGCAUGUAGCCAUUAUGAAUCAGAAUGUGAACUUGGUGAGAGCCCUGCUUGCCCACGGGGCCAGUGUUUCUGCCAGAGCUACAGGCACAGCUUUCCACCGCAGCCCCCAUAACCGUAUCUACUUUGGGGAGCACCCUUUGUCCUUUGCUGCCUGUGUGGGCAGUGAAGAGAUUGUGAGGCUGCUUAUUGAGCACGGAGCUGACACCCGGGCCCAGGACUCCCUAGGAAACACAGUGUUGCACAUCCUCAUCCUCCAGCCCAACAAAACCUUUGCCUGCCAGAUGUACAACCUGCUGCUGUCCUAUGAUGGGCGCGGGAACCACCUGCAGUCCCUGGACCUUGUGCCCAAUCUCCAAGGUCUCACCCCCUUCAAGCUGGCCGGAGUGGAGGGCAACACUGUGAUGUUCCAGCACCUGAUGCAGAAGCGGAAGCAUAUCCAGUGGACAUGUGGGCCGCUGACCUCCACUAUCUAUGACAUCACGGAGAUUGACUCCUCGGGGGAUGAGCAAUCUCUGCUGGAACUUAUUGUUACCACCAAGAAGCGGGAGGCUCGCCAGAUCCUGGACCAGACGCCGGUGAAGGAGCUGGUGAGCCUCAAGUGGAAAAGAUAUGGGCAGCCAUACUUCUGCAUGCUGGGUGCCAUUUACCUGCUGUACAUGAUCUGCUUCACCAUGUGCUGCAUCUACCGCCCCCUCAAGCCCAUCACCAGUAACUGCACUGGCGCCGAGGACAUCAUUAUCCUACAGCAGAAGCUGCUCCAGGAGGCCUACUUGACCCCUAAGGAUGGCAUCCGACUGGUGGGGGAGCUGGUGAGUGUCGUUGGAGCUGUGAUCCUUCUGCUUGCAGAGAUUCCAGACAUCUUGAGAGUGGGGUUCACUUGCUUCUUUGGACAGACCAUCCUUGGAGGACCGUUCCAUGUCAUCACGAUCACCUAUUCCUGCAUGGUGCUGGUGACCAUGGUGAUGCGGCUCACUAACACCGAAGGAGAGGCAGUGCCCAUGUCCUUUGCCCUGGUACUGGGCUGGUGCAACGUCAUGUACUUUGCCCGAGGAUUCCAGAUGCUGGGCCCCUUCACCAUCAUGAUCCAGAAGAUGAUUUUUGGUGACCUGAUGCGAUUCUGCUGGCUGAUGGCAGUGGUAAUCCUGGGCUUUGCCUCAGGUAAGUCUUCUGUCCAGGAUGGGGGGGCCAUGGGAAGGAGAGGAGAGACAUCCAGAGAGCACAGAAUGCCUCUGAUAAACUUGGGGAAACAAGGGAGGCAAGGCAGAGGUAAGAGGUGCUAUAGUGUCUGAAGAUGGGACAUCCCUCACAGGUGAGGGAAAGCUGGGAGUGUUAGGAAGAGGUGUCUCUUGGGAUCAGGAGGACGAGCCAUAUGGAAAAUAAGAGAACGUAAAAAACCAAAGUAUGGAGUGAUGGAGGGCUGAGAUGGUGAUACUAGAGAUGGGGGAAACAGGACUGAAAUGGGCAGCAAACAGCUGGCUGUAAUCCAGUCACAUGCAUGGUUGCCAUGGUAACGCUCACCCCCUUGGGUGGGCAGCCUUCUAUAUCAUCUUCCAGACAGAGUCCCCCAAAGAGCUGGGCCAUUUCCACGAUUACCCCAUGGCACUGUUCAGCACCUUUGAGCUCUUCCUCACCGUCAUCGAUGGCCCUGCCAACUA